GCGUCCAGAGCUGGAGAUAUAUAUGUCUGUCUAGUUUUUUUUCUCCGUCCAGAAACUGUCCUAAAUUCCUAAAUUCGACCUCCUCUGCCAUCUUUUCACACCGAGAGACUUCAAGUGCAUUCUGAACUUCAGAGUUCAGAAGCUGUUCCGGGUCUUUCGCUUUCGUCUAGCACCCAAGAGGCCGCGUGGAUGACGCAGGCUCCAGCGGGGCAUCAUAACAAGCCAGAGGCGCUUUAUCUUAGCCUCAGAAACUUUGUCCCCAGGGUCCGGCGGCAGCGGCGUCUGCAGAAUUACCGGGCUCCAGGGCAGGAAGACCGGAGCGGACCGGACGUGUCCCGGGUCCUCUCGCUGAGCUCAGACCUCCUGCAUCCUGGAGUUCCCGAACUUGUCCCCUGACGCUGUCGCUUGAACUUGGAGCAAGACCUCCCUCAGUCCCAAGACCUCCCUCAGUCCCAAGACCUCCCUCAGUCCGCCACGCCCGCCCCGCAGCGGCUGAACGCCACCAGCCCGCAGCCAGCUAGGAGAGGAGAGAGAGAUGUGGUUGUGGUCAGGGCUCAUCGGGCAGAAGCUGUUGCUCUGGGGCGCAGCAAGCGCAGUCUCGGUGGCCGGCGCCACUGUCCUGCUCAACAUUCUGCAGAUGCUGGCUAGCUACGCGCGGAAAUGGCUGCAGAUGCGACCUAUCCCAUCCGUGGGUCCCGCCUAUCCCUUCGUGGGACACGCGCCGCUAAUGAAGCCCAACGGUGCAGACUUUUUUCAGCAGUUAAUUCAGUACACAGAGGAAUUCCGACACCUGCCCCUCAUUAAACUCUGGAUUGGACCAGUGCCCCUCGUGGCUCUUUAUAAGGCAGAGAACGUGGAGGUAAUUUUGACCAGUUCAAAGCAAAUUGAUAAAUCAUUUCUGUACAAGUUCUUACAGCCAUGGCUGGGCCUAGGACUUCUCACAAGUACUGGGAACAAAUGGCGCUCCAGGAGGAAAAUGUUAACGCCCACCUUCCAUUUUACAAUUCUGGAAGAUUUCUUAGAUGUCAUGAACGAGCAAGCAAAUAUAUUGGUUGGCAAGCUUGAAAAACACGUCAACCAAGGAGCAUUUAACUGCUUUUUCCACGUCACUCUUUGUGCGUUGGAUAUAAUCUGUGAAACGGCUAUGGGGAAGAACAUUGGAGCUCAAAGUAAUGGUGAUUCUGAGUACGUCCGGACAGUGUAUAGGAUGAGUGAUAUGAUAUACCGCAGAAUGAAGAUGCCUUGGUUUUGGUUUGACCUUUGGUACCUUCUGUUUAAAGAAGGACGCGAACACAGAAGGGGACUCAAGCGCCUACAUACUUUCACCAACAAUGUCAUUGCUGAACGGGUCACUGCCAUGAAGGCAGAGGAAGACUGGAAUGCUGGCAGGGGCCCUGAACCCUCCAGAAGAAAGCGCAAGGCCUUCCUGGACUUGCUUUUGACUGUGACUGAUGAGGACGGAAACAGGUUAAGCCAGGAAGACAUCCAAGAGGAAGUUGACACCUUCAUGUUUGAGGGUCACGAUACAACCGCAGCUGCGAUAAACUGGUCCUUAUACCUACUGGGUUCUUAUCCAGACGUCCAGAGGAAAGUGGACAAGGAAUUGGAUGACGUGUUUGGUGAGUUGGACCACUUUGUUAGCUCUGUUGGGGGCCCUAAGAAGCAGUGGUUGUUUUUGAUCCAUAAAGAUGGAUCAAACAUGUCAUCAACACAAGGCCAUGGUAUAGGACUCCUGCUUGCACCUGAAACAAACACAUGUGCCCAUGGCUUAGAGUCAUGGGCUGUGCCUUUGGGCAACACCAAGAAGAUGCUGUGUGGGAGCACAGGGCACAAGUGGAGAGAGCUAUGAGGGUAAAGGGAGAGUCCAUGUGGCUGCACCUGACAUGGUGAGAUCAGUGAUGUGGGAUGCAGCAGGCACAGGACUGCAUCUCUGCAUCUGACAUGGUGAGAUCAGUGAUGCGGGAUGCAGCAGGCACGGGACUGCAUCUGACAUGGUGAGAUCGGUGAUGCGGGAUGCAGCAGGCACAUGACUGCAUCUCUGCAUCUGACAUGGUGAGAGCGGCGCAGAGGGAUGCUGUAGGAGGAUUUGUUUCUACUACACAACAAGCUCUAUCAUCUCUAAAGUAUUUUCAGCACCCCAAAGGAAACCUGUACUUCAGUUGCUCAUCUUUCUUCCCCUUAGCCCUGCCCCUGGAAGUCACUCUUUUGCUUUCUGUUUCUAUAAAUGGAAUCAUACACAACCAUUGUCUUUGUAAUGUGACUCUAUUAACAUUUUUCUUUGUGACUCUACUAACAUAUUAAAAUGAGAUACAGUCUUGUCUUAUCUGGUCUCUGUUACUUAACCGAAUGCUUCAUUUUCUUAUAUUAUCCGUGAUAUUAGAAAUUCUACUUUGCCAGGCGGUGGUGGCACACGCCUUUAAUCCCAGCACUCAGGAG